CCUGGCUCCCUUUUCUUGAGGUCUAGUCAUCAGUCAUGGUGCUGUAUCCCGUUUCGCUCCAGACAUAUCACUACCACUCGUCCCCUGCCUCGCCAGAACCCAACACUCCUCUCCCUGAGAACGAGCCAAAGGUCACUAAGAUUACCAAUUGUAGAAUCUUACGCGACCACAAAAUCGUGGAGAAGGACGCCAUCUGGAUCCAGAACGGAAAGAUCAUCGACCCCCACAAGUUCUUCUGGUAUCAGAAGCGACUCCCCGACAUCGUACUUGAUGCCGAAGGGCUGCUUGUUGUCCCCGGCUUCAUCGAAGCUCAGAUUAACGGCGCCUUCGGAGUUGAUUUCUCGGUGCCUCUGGACCAUGACACGUACGAGAAGGGUCUGCUGAAGGUCCUCUCACACCUUAAACCAAGACCCGGCUCAGUCGAGACAGGUGCCACCAUCCUCGGAGCUCAUGUCGAAGGUCCAUUCAUUAAUGAGGCUCGCAUCGGCGCCCACGAGCUCAAGGUUCUGCAGGCAUCAGCCCCAAACGGCUACAAAGACUUCAAGGACGUCUAUGGCUUCGAAGGAGAGACUCCCGAGGCCCAAAAGAAGCUGAGCGAGGAAGACCUGCACUGCGUCAAGAUCAUCACCUGUGCGCCGGAGCUUGAGGGUGUGAUGGACAGCAUCCCCGAUCUUGUCAAGGCUGGCAUCACAGUCUCUGUUGGUCACUCAAUGGCGAACAUCUCGCAGGCCGAGAAUGCAGUGAUGAAAGGAGCUACCUUUAUCACUCACUUGUUCAAUGCCAUGCCUCAAUUCCAUCACCGCGACCCGGGCGUCAUCGGACUGUUGGGCUCUAGGCUGGACUUACCUCGGCCUUAUUACGGUCUCAUUUGCGAUGGCAUUCACGUCCACCCCAACUCUAUCAAAAUCGCAUACGACUCCCAUCCGGAGGGUGUCAUCUUGGUCACAGAUGCCAUGUCCGCCAUGGGUCUUUCGCCAGGGAACUAUCAGCUUGGAAACAUGAGCGUCACGAAGGAAGACGACCGUGUCUAUAUCGAGGGCACUGACACACUUGCUGGAAGUGUGAUCACCCUGGACGCGUGCAUCCGUAACUUUAUCAAGUUUACGCACUGCUCUUUAAUCGAGGCACUCGAGGCCGUGACAUUGCAUCCCGCUGUCCUGCUCGGCAUCCAGGAGACCAAAGGCGUGAUCAAGCCUGGUGCGGAUGCGGACCUGGUCUUCCUCUCGGACGACCUAUUUGUAAAGCGAGUCUUUGUUGCUGGCGAGGAGGUGGAUCUCAACGCGAUUGAUGUGGAGACCACAGAAAAGUUUUAG